UCCCGUCUCCGGCUUCUCUACCAGGAGGGUCAAGUAGGGAUAUGUCCUCAGCACCAACUACUCCUCCAUCAGUGGAUAAAGUAGACGGAUUUUCUCGGAAGUCCGUCAGAAAAGCCAGACAGAAGAGGUCACAAAGCUCCUCCCAGUUUAGGUCUCAGGGCAAGCCUAUUGAGUUAACUCCCCUGCCUCUGCUAAAAGACGUUCCAUCUUCAGAGCAGCCUGAACUGUUCCUAAAGAAACUUCAACAGUGCUGUGUCAUUUUUGACUUCAUGGACACGCUUUCAGACCUUAAAAUGAAAGAAUACAAGCGCUCCACUCUUAAUGAACUGGUGGACUACAUUACAAUAAGCAGAGGCUGUUUGACAGAGCAGACUUACCCUGAAGUAGUUAGAAUGGUAUCUUGCAAUAUCUUCAGAACUCUCCCACCUAGUGACAGCAAUGAAUUUGAUCCAGAAGAAGAUGAGCCCACCUUGGAGGCAUCAUGGCCGCAUUUGCAGCUUGUAUAUGAGUUUUUCAUACGAUUUUUGGAAAGCCAAGAAUUUCAGCCCAGCAUUGCCAAAAAGUACAUAGAUCAGAAAUUUGUAUUGCAGCUGUUGGAGCUGUUUGACAGCGAAGAUCCUCGAGAACGAGACUACCUAAAAACAGUCUUGCACAGAAUUUAUGGCAAGUUUCUGGGUCUUAGAGCAUUUAUCCGAAAACAGAUUAAUAAUAUUUUUCUACGAUUUGUUUAUGAAACUGAACACUUCAAUGGCGUAGCUGAACUGUUGGAAAUUUUAGGAAGUAUUAUCAAUGGUUUUGCUUUACCUCUUAAGGCAGAGCAUAAACAGUUUCUGGUGAAGGUGCUGAUCCCUUUACAUACUGUCAGGAGUUUAUCACUCUUCCAUGCACAGCUGGCAUAUUGCAUAGUACAGUUUCUGGAGAAAGACCCUUCACUCACAGAACCAGUCAUUAGAGGUUUAAUGAAGUUCUGGCCAAAAACCUGCAGUCAAAAAGAGGUCAUGUUCCUAGGAGAGCUGGAGGAAAUCUUGGAUGUAAUCGAACCGUCACAGUUUGUCAAAAUCCAAGAACCCUUGUUUAAACAAAUUGCCAAGUGUGUCUCCAGCCCUCAUUUUCAGGUGGCUGAAAGAGCACUGUAUUAUUGGAAUAAUGAAUACAUCAUGAGUUUGAUAGAGGAGAAUUCCAAUGUUAUACUUCCCAUCAUGUUUUCCAGCCUUUAUAGGAUUUCUAAAGAGCACUGGAAUCCGGCUAUUGUGGCUUUAGUCUACAAUGUGUUGAAGGCAUUUAUGGAAAUGAACAGCACCAUGUUUGAUGAGCUGACAGCCACUUACAAGUCAGAUCGUCAGCGUGAGAAGAAGAAAGAGAAAGAACGUGAAGAACUGUGGAAAAAACUGGAGGAUCUGGAGUUGAAGAGAGGUCUUAGACGUGAUGGAAUAAUUCCAACUUAACAAAAAAAACACAACAGCAUUAUUAACCUGUGGAGUCACACAUUUAUGUAGUAGAAGAUGGAGCAACAGUUUUCUGUAUUGUGCAACUUUACAGUAGAUUUCACAUUUGUUUCAUUAUUACAACAGCACUGUAUAUACCUGUCUCUAAGUAAAGGAAAAAAAUAAGGACUUUAAUCCAAAGUUUGGACAGCAGAUGGACUUCUCAGAACUUUGCAAACAUAAUCAUUGUUUUAACCCUUCUUUAAAACCAGUCUUCAAAGAUCUGUUAAUGAAAAUUGCAAUGUCAAAUUCCAUUGUCAGGACCUGUUCCUUAUUUAUCGUUAGCAGAGAGUAUAAUACAACUUUCAAAUGUGAACAAUCUUAAAAUUUAGCUUGUCUUUCUGCUAAAAUGUUCAGUGUAUUUAUAGUAAAAGAGAAAAAAGACUGUCAUUUCCUUAUGAGUUUGUGUAACAUCCUCCUUCUCUGGAUAACUUUACUGUAAUUUGACUUUUUUUCCUUUUGCACAUCUUCAUGAAUUGAAUGUCCAUUCAGAUCAGGGCCAUGAAAAACAAAGGCCCUGAAUAAAAGUUUUGUUUACUGGUGUGAGCAUUUUUUUUUUUUAAAGUACCAGAGUGUCUCUGGUGCUUCCUUAAUUUGAACAUUAGGAGUUAAAAAACAAGUAGGUGAUAAACAUAGUAGGGAAAGGCAGUUUUGGAUUCAUGCACCUAUUUAUUGCAAAUCCAAAUUAGUGUCUACAAUCCUUUAAAAAUGGGCAGUGGUAACACGGUGGACUUCAGUACCUAACCAGUAUUAGCGACACAGCAUUGGAGACACAUACCCGAGAUAUUUUAGAAAUACUAACUGCUAAAUUGUUACAGUAUGUUUUUAUUGGACCAUUUCGUAAGAAUAAAGACAAACACUAAACAGUGCAAGCAUGAAAUUGAUCUCCAGUGGUCAUGGAUCUAAUUGGAAGUUGAGAUAGCAGUUUGAACUGUUUGGAGUUGUUGCCUUACUUUUUAAUAUGUAUUUAUAAAGUGUUCCAGCAAAAGAGGAUGUAGCCUCUAAGAAACAUACUAUAGUGUUUUUGUGGUUCUAGUACUAUUACUCAUCACAGUACCAGCCCUAUGGUCUUAGCUGGAAAGGAUUCUGGAUAAUAUACUUCUGCAUUCUCAUCUGGAUGCUCAUUCCUAACUACUGUAUUUGUUACCAAAAGUGGUUCUACAAAUGCUACUGAAAAAAAAAAAAUUCUGGAAAUCCUAAUGUUCUGAGUAUUAAUAAUAAAGUUUAAAAUGCUUUUAUAUCAAAGGUGCAUUGUGACCAAAUUGUUUAAAACAAAAGAGAAAAAAAUGCAAAAACAAAGAGGAGGGCUGUAUUAUAAGUAUGCAUUAUUGGCUAUCUGCUUUGUAUUUGAAAGUGGAAUCUUACAUCUUUGGUAGGUAAAAUGCUGAUAAGACUUAUGUACAGUAUAUAUUUAGCUAAUGCAGUUGCAUUAUUCUAUACCAAAAGGUAUGUGUUUCAGGAUUUUUCUCCAGGAUGCUUUUGAACUGUUCUAGACAUAUGACAACAGUGAAUUGAUAAUCCUAAACCAUCAAUCCAGCAGUAUUUAGAGUAUAAAACUGAGUUGGUGUUCAUGAGUCUUUGUGAUAGUUGCAAACAUGAAUUUAUGACCUGUUACCAUUGAUAGAAAUACAGUAUAAAUACAAGCUUGUCUAUUUUUCUUCCUACCAUUUAAAUAUGCAGUAGGAUUUGAAGUUUUCUUGUUUUCAGGCACGGAAAAGAGUUAAAAAGAAUUCCCUUCCAGACUACUGACUGUUUCAGGAUUAUCAGGUCACAGUUUGUACUCCUGGGUCUGCGCACACAAAUGUUGUAAUCUCAACGAUUUUGUAAGAACCUGACACUGUUAAUUGUGGAAAAAAACAGUGGAACUAGUCACGCAACACCAAACACAACAUGCUUUAAAUGGGAUUAAUAUGAGCUUCUUUCAAGAACAUUGACUGGGACGCAAUGUAAAUUAGGCAGUUACUGUCAAGGUUGAAACAUUUUAUUUUAAAGUGCUGAAGCAAAGGUGCAAGCUGAAAUACUGAAGGUUAAAUAAAUUUAUAACAAAUCAUGUCCCUUAGCCCAU